AUGGCAAAGUAUAAGUUGAGAGACCAAUUCCCCUCUACACCAUUUGAAUACUUUGUGGUCAUUUCAAUAUUGCUACCUGUUUCCAACAUGACCCCUCAGACAGGACCAGUUGUUGCCAUUGCUGGAGCCACCGGGCAUCUAGGCAAGCAUGUCACCAACGCCUUUCUAUCCUCUGCAUUCUAUGAUAAAUUCUCCGAGAUCAUCCUUCUAUCUCGAAAAGAGCCAAGCGUUCUCCAGCCGUCCGAAGUUCGGUCCGGUGUCAAGGUUACAACCCGAGCCUACAACGAAGAUAACCUUGAAGACGCCCUGCAAGGCGUCCAAAUCCUCGUCAACACGAUCGGACCCGAAGGCCACGGAUUCAAAACCAAAAUAGCAGCUGCGUUGCCUCGAACCGGUGUCCGGGUAUACUUCCCGUCUGAAUUUGGCGUCGACCAUUACGGUCACGACUUCAACCAUCUGGAGUGGUAUGAGAAGAAGAAACAUCUUGCGAAUGCACAGCCUGUCGUGACACACAUGAAAAUCUGUCGGAUAUUUUGCGGGUUAUUUCUAGAAGACAGCAUCGGGCCGUGGUUUGGUCUAGACACCAAAAAUGGGAAAUAUACCAGCGUGGGGCCCCCGCAUUCGCCGAUCUCUUUUACCGCACUACAAGAUGUCGGCAAAACAGUUGCCUCGCUGGCGACCCUGCCCGAGGCGGAAAUCCCCGAGAUUGUUCACCUUGCAGGCGAUACUCGCUCUAUUGCUGAGGUGGCGUCGAUCAUGCAGGCGGCCGGUGCGGGGCAAAUUGAGGUGGCGGAGAUUCCUUACCAGGCAUACAAGGCGCAGACAACGUCAGAAGCCUCGUGGGACCCCGCUGCUUAUUUGCGUUUUCUGAUGAGCGAUGGAAAUAUAAACCAUUCCCUCGAUGGCUUGGGCAAUGACAAUGAAUUGGUCAAUCCAGGUCAGCGGCUGUGGAGGUGGAAGACAUUAGAGGACUUGGCGAAGGAGACCAAAGGGCGACCUUGGAAAGACACUGUCUGGCCCCCCAAGUAA